ACCAUGGCAACUCAGCCAAUUUAUCUCGUUUCUCUGAAUAAGACCCCUAAACGAGCAGCUCUGCUUGUGGACCAGCUCAUAAAGAGCCUUGAUAGCAAUUAUGGAGUUAUCCAUAUUGCAAACUCCACGACUCUUCAGGAGUUGAAGGUCGUACUAGAGGCUCUUAUGUAUCCUCCUGGUAUCUUGAUUUGUUCCAGUCAAUGGACGGCUGAAGAACAACAACAGGCAAACGCAGUUGCAAAAGCUUCAUUGCCUGAAGUCCGCAUCAUCAACAUUCCGCCGGGACUUGAUGUACGUGAAGGCAGUAAAGGCAUUCUCAGUUUUCUUAAGGAUGCAAUG